UCAUUACCCCCAUCUUGCUGUCAAAUCACUAGUGUAAGGUUAGGUGGUUAAUUGCUUGAGAAGUAUUAAAGAAGUUGUCAUACAAUGACGCCCAGGAAACAGUUUAAUGAGCAAGUUAAAAAACUGUUAAAUCGUGACAAUGAAACGAAGAAAAAGCAUAAUAUACUGUCAAGAGCAAAAUACGAGCAAACAAUGAAUGAAGUAAAAUUGGCCAUCGCUUUGAAGGCAGAAAAUAAGGCGUUAUCACCAAAACAACAGAGACGUUUCAAAAGAUACGAUAUAGUAGACAAGGGAUAUGAAGAAAAAAUGAUUGAUCGAAAGAAAGCUAAUUCUGGAAUUAUUAGAUAUCAUGUAGCAUCAGAUGAACUAUUUGACAUAAUUUCUUCACUUGAUUUAGUAACAAGACACAAUCAAGAGAAAGGUAUGUUUGAGGAGUUGAAAAAAGAAUAUGCCAACAUUACCAAAGAGGUAAUUCAUUUGUAUGUGAAAUUGUGCAAAUACUGCAAGGCUAAGAAAAAAUCGAUGAGAAAAUUGGCUGCAAAACCGGCAGCUUCUAAUCUCAUGGAUUCAAGGUGCCAUGUGUCUCUUAUUGAUAUGCAGUCAAAGAAUGAUGGAGAAUUCAAUUUCAUUUUGAACUAUAAAGAUUAUAUAACAAAGUAUAGUGUUUUACAGCCACUGAAAACAAAUGCUCCUGAAGAAGUUGCUGAUAAAAUCAAACACAUAUUUUGUCUCUUAGGUGCUCCAUAUAUAAUACUAUCUGAUAAUGGGCCAGAUUUUUUGAAUUCUGUAAUUAAAAGUUUGAAGAUUAAAUGGCCAGAAUUGAAUAUUGUGCAUGGCAGUCAGGACUCUGUUGAAACAACCAAUAAGGUUGUGAAAAAGGCAUUGGUAAGUUGGAUGACACAAGAAAAGACAAAAAAAUGGACAGAUGGACUUUCAACUGUACAAUUAAGUAUAAACAAUACUUAUGAACCUUGUAUCAAGCAAUCUCCCUUUGUGAACCUCUUUGGACCAUACAUGGGCAGAAAAAUCCCACAAGAUGAGGAUUCUGAUAGUGAUAGUUGUGGAAUUGUGAUUAAUCCAAUUGGAUUAUCUGAGCGAAUGGAAUAUUUGAAGAAAAAUAUUAAGACAAAACCCGUGAGGAAACCUUGCAUUGUUUGUGAUGACCGAGCUAUUUCCUUAAUAUGUACACAAUGCAAAGAACAUUUGCAUGGAGCACGGUCAUAUAUUCGAGUAGUUGGUCGUACAAAAAAACAAGUAGUAUGUUUAUUUUGUCGAAGAAUGGAAAACGUCGAUGAAAAACCAAUAGAAUCAAACAAAAGAGCUCGUGAGACCCAAUCAGUGCAGGAUGAUGAUAGAACUAAAAAAAUUAAAUUUGAAAAUCUUGACAAUGAAAUAAUUGGAAAUAUGGAUGUUGAAAACGAAUAUAGUUUAUCGGAUGACGCGGAAGAAAAAAUGCUUGCAAUAGAACUGAAUAAGGCCUUCUACGAUAGACCUCGAAAAUCUUCAUUUUGCGGGUGUAAGAAGUACUGUCGUCCGCAAACAUGUUUAUGUAUUAAAAGGAAAACACUUUGCAAUGCUACUUGCCACAAUUACAGGUCUUGUAGCAAUUAAUGUUUAUAUAUCUAUGUUUAUAUAAAUCAACCAAUAGGUUAAAUUGUUUGUUAUUUUAUAGAUUAACAAUCAUAUAGACAUGAUGUUAUUUCGAUGAAAUACAAUUAGUUAAUGUGUUCAUUAAAUCGUUGUGAUUCUUUUAAUGAAUUUUGUGUAAAUAAAAAUGCAUAGAACGUUUUGCGAGUAUCUUAUC